CAAUCUAUUUGGAGGGGCGUAGAAAGGAAAGGAGGCCAUAUUGUACAGUUAAAUUGAAAGAAAGAAAAAUAAUUUAUCGUGCCCUUGUGAAGUUGCGACAAUAUUAAAAAUUUUUAUUCAAUUCUCGCGUCAUUCAUUAGUGUACUAAUUCAAUUAUAAAUAAUAGUGAAGAAAAGUGAAUUUUUUUUUUGCCUAAAUAAAAUACAGGAGCCUUUAUUUGGCUCCUUGUCUUUUUUUGUUGUAUAUAUAUAUAUAUAUAUAUACAUACAUAUAUAUAUAAAUACACAGAGAGAGUAUACGGAUCUCGUUAUAUUCGAUCUAAAGAACACGUCCCUAUAAACCAAGGAGUUAUUUGCUGAUCACCAAAAUGGGCACUCGAGACGACGAAUACGAUUAUUUAUUUAAAGUGGUUCUCAUUGGUGAUUCGGGAGUUGGUAAGAGUAAUCUUCUCUCACGAUUUACACGCAAUGAAUUCAAUCUUGAAUCAAAAUCAACGAUUGGAGUUGAAUUUGCCACUCGUAGCAUACAAGUUGAUAGUAAAACGAUUAAGGCCCAAAUAUGGGACACGGCUGGACAAGAACGUUAUCGUGCUAUUACGUCAGCCUACUAUCGAGGUGCAGUUGGAGCAUUAUUGGUUUAUGAUAUAGCAAAGCAUUUGACAUAUGAAAAUGUUGAACGAUGGUUGCGAGAAUUGCGAGAUCAUGCCGAUCAGAAUAUUGUAAUAAUGUUGGUCGGAAACAAAUCUGACCUAAGGCAUUUGAGAGCUGUGCCCACUGACGAAGCCAAAGUAUUUGCCGAAAGAAAUGGCCUCUCAUUCAUCGAGACCUCUGCCUUAGACUCGACUAAUGUUGAGACGGCAUUUCAAAAUAUUUUAACCGAAAUUUAUAGAAUCGUCUCGCAAAAGCAGAUAAGAGAUCCUCCCGAAGGUGACACUAUCCGACCACAGAAUGUAGAACCAAUCGACGUUAAACCGACAAUGAGUUCAGAUGGAAUGCGCAAACAAUGCUGCCAGUGACUCUCCUCACACUUUAACAUAAGCAGUUACACUGAGGGAGGGAGGAGGGAAGUGGUGACCGGCGAUAAUUAUAGCAGGUGCGUGAUCGCACGAGAACUAAGACUAUGGGUACGGGGCCUAUAAUCCCGUACGCUAGGGGUUUUUUUUUUUUUUUUUAAUUAAUUAAUUAAUAAAAGACAACAAACAUGGAGAAAAAAAAACCCCAUCGAUGUGAGGGGGAGCCGCAGACUGCUAAAUAAAAAAAAAAUCACAGCAAAUAGAAAGAAAGAAAUAAGAAAAAUACUUAUGCGAUUUUUAGCGAUCGUCGUAAAAUCUUUUUUGAUCGCUCAUCGAAACACAUUUACACACACAUAUAUAUAUAUAUAAAAAAAACAUAAACAAAAAAACAUCUUAUAUUUUAAUUCUUCCUCUAUUUCCUCCCAUGUCCUCCCUCCUCUCCAUUAAACAAAAAAACAAAGUGAAAAAAAAAAUUAAUAAAUAAAAAUUUAUUAAUUAUUAAAGUAAUUAAUAAAAAAAAAAUCUAUUAAUUAUUAAAUUAAUUAAUAAAGAAAAAUCUACAUAUAAUUAUGUGUAUAAUCAUGUACGAAUUGCAAUAUAUUUGUUCAAAAAAAAAAAAAAAAAAAACACACGAAACACAAACAUGGAAAAAAAACAAAAUAAUUUGUUACUAUAAUUAAAUGUUGUAUUGCCGCUUCUUUAUAAUUAGGAGUGUGAAUGGUUUACGAAUCGAAUAUAGAAAUGUCACUAUUCGCCAACUUAUACAUAUUAUAUAUAAAAAAAAAAACAUAUAUAUAUAGA